AUCAGUUGCUGGGGGACACUUGUUGCCAUGGUCUGAAACGAACCAGGGCCUGAUGAGAUGUGGUUACUGUGAGUGCUCAAGCUCAUCCUGCUUGCACUCAAUUCACUGAGCGAGUUGCUGUUCCCAAUUUUUGAGACUUUUGGCCUUGUUCUUCGAAAUCCAAAGAGGUCGUGAGUAAAAGAGCAAUUGGUCUGCUCUUACCAUGGCUGCAUGGCUCUCCCAGAGUGUGAAACGAAGGAACAACAGCUGGCUGCUGCUGUGCCCUAAAGCUGUGGCCCGAGUCUGCUCCAGGGGGGAGGGAAGCUCGUCCUCUGUCCCGAGGGAACUCUCUGCAUUCCAGGAAAAGCCUCGAACAGUGAAAGACCUCCCACGCAUCACUUUCUUGGAGCUAUUGUACAGGCUUGUGUUUAAGGGUUUCAACAACCGUUUUCAUGAGCUACAGAUUUAUAACAAGCAGCGAUACGGACCCAUGUUCAGAGACCCAACAAAGGCAAUAUGUGUGAACACUCCAAAGCUGCUGGAGGAAGUAUUGAGGAAUGAUGAGAAGUUUCCUUGCCGAGGAGACAUGUCUAUUUGGAAAGAGUAUCGGGACAUGAAAGGAAUCGGCUAUGGGCCUUUCACAGAGGAAGGGGAGAAGUGGUACAACCUGAGGGUGAUGCUCAACAAGCACAUGCUGCUUCCAAAGGAGUCUGCACAGUAUGGUGAUGUUUUCAAUGACGUGGUUACAGACUUCAUCAAGAGGAUCUACUACCUGCGUCAGGGCAGCUUGACAGGAGAUUUGGUGACCAAUGUGGACAAUGAGAUGUAUCAUUUCGCACUAGAGGGUAUUGCCUCCAUAUUGUUUGAGCAAAGGCUUGGGUGUCUGGAAAAGGAAAUACCUGCAGGGACACAAGACUUCAUCAACUCUAUAGCCCAGAUGUUCUCCAACAACAUGGCUGUACAUCUGUUGCCCAAGUGGAGCCGCAAUCUCCUGCCCUUUUGGGGGCGCUACAUCGCAGGCUGGGAGGGCAUCUUCAGCUUUGCUAAAGAGUUGAUUGACAAGAAGAUGGAGGUCAUUCAUCAGCGUUUGGAGAACAACCAGGAUAUGGAGGGGAAAUACCUAACAUACCUACUUUCAAACACUCAGUUAAGCACUAAAGAUGCGUAUGGCAGCGUCACUGAGCUCCUAUUAGCUGGAAUGGACACGACCUCCAAUACCCUCACAUGGACGAUGUACCUGCUGUCCAAGAACCCUCAAUCCCAGGACAAACUUUACAAAGAAGUGUCCACAUCAGUGCCUGCAGACCGGAUCCCCUCUGCUGAGGAGGUCACUCGGAUGCCUUAUUUAAAGGCUAUUAUCAAAGAAGCACUGAGGAUGUACCCUGUGGUUCCUUUAAACGCAAGGAUCAUUAUGGAAAAGGAUGUCACGAUUGGUGGAUAUCAUUUUCCCAAAAAAACCUCUUUCAGUUUUUGUAACUAUGCCAUCAGUUAUGAUGAGGACACAUUCUCAGAGCCAUUCACAUUUAAGCCAGAGAGAUGGCUACGUGAUGGCCAUAAAAGGCCAAACCCCUUUGGUUCCCUCCCAUUUGGCUUCGGAGUGAGAGCCUGUGUAGGUCGCCGGAUUGCUGAGGUUGAGAUGUAUCUGAUUCUGUUUCGGAUAAUCAGGCACUUUGAAAUAAAACCAGACCCCACGAUGGGAGAGCUGAAAUGCAUCAACCGCACUGUUCUGGUACCAGACAAACCACUUAACCUACAUUUUGUGGACAGAGGAUGUAAAAAUGCAGCUUAAUUUGCUUUUGCAGAUUUAUUGGAAUGCAAAUGUUGCAAAUAAAUGAAAAACUUGUUACAUUAAGAAUGUUUCAUCUAUUAAAAGAGAGGGAGAGGUUUGGAACUUUUGAUACAACAAAUGCAAGUAAAUAUAAAUAACUAUAAAAUGCACAUUUUUAAGCUUACAUGUAUUUUCUUUUUUAAGAGCAGUACAUCACUUUUAAAAACAAGGACUUCACAAAGUUACUUCAGUAUUUUGAAGCAAAUAAGGAACCACUAAGCGCUUCUGGAAUGUAAGCAGUGUCACAUAGCUACUUAACAAGUGGCCAUUGUUUACACUAUAGACUACAGCCUGCAGAAUACAUGGAAGUACAUCAUGUUUUUCUAAGAAUGAGACCAGACUCAAGAAAACAGAGUAAUAAUGUGGUUAGAUGGAUUUUUUGGGAACUGACUCUUAAGAAAAUUGUCUUUGUGGUUUAAAAGGUGAGUGAAGAGUCAUGGCCUGAGCUUCAGGUUUCAUAUUUGUAAUAAAGAGUAAAGAAAGAUCUUGUAAUCAGUAUGUUUGCUGUUUCUUGAUCUUGUACCUGGAUCACUUAAUUUAAAAUCAAAGUUGACACUGCAUUUCACAAUUUAAUGAUUAUUCACAGCACUUUCACAAUGAAGGCAAGAAUCUGUUCAAUGUGUGUGUUAUGAAAAUUUGUAAUUCAUUCUUUAAGUAACUGCAAAUAAAUAACUCCAGCCUUAUUUCAGGUCAUUUCACAGCAAAUUUAAUAUACCAGAUGUCUAACCAUAUGGUUGCACCUUGCACAGCACAAUGUAUAUUUUAUAUUCAUUACUAAAACCUACAUUGCUGCAAUUCAAUAAAGACAU